AUCGUGGACUGGCGGUCUGCCAUCUUUGAUUGUGCGACAGGCCGCGGCGCCUUCACUCACUCAAUACUGUCUCAUACGAGACAACGGGUGUGCAAGAAGACAGAAACACAAGCCGAGAGCCUGUUAACGUCCAAAUAACGGAGGACACGUCGGGGAAGAAGAAAGGGCACGGUGUAGGCAACAGAAACGCAUCAGGCCCGUGCAAGUCGAGAGGAGCUUGUUGGAUGCUAGCUUCCACGCUAGCUAAUAUCGUUAGCCGAACUAGCAAGGUAGCUUUUGUAAUCCGCCGGCCACACACACACUCGCACAAAACAGGCCGAACCCAGACGAGGCAUACGACAGACUAGAAGAAAGGGACCGGCGGUGACGGGAGGCUGGUUCUGGAGGUGAGACCGGAGGACCAGACUCAAUGAGUUUCCAGGAAAAUGUCAGAGAAGUCAGGGCAGAGCACCAAGGCAAAGGAUGGCAAGACCAAGUAUGCAACCCUUAGCCUCUUCAACACAUACAAGGGCAAGUCUCUGGAGACCCAGAAAACUGCAGUUGCUGCCAGACAUGGGCUCCAGAGUUUGGGAAAGGUUGCCGUCAGUCGACGCAUGCCCCCCCCUGCCAACCUGCCCAGUUUGAAGGCAGAGAAUAAGGGCAACGACCCCAACGUUAACAUCGUCCCCAAGGACGGCAGUGGCUGGGCCUCCAGACCUGAGGGAGGAGACGAUAGGCAGUCUGAGACCCCCCCUCCCCAGCCUAAGCCCGCUGCCCCCCAACCCCCAGAGGUCUCGUCCUCUAUAGGGGGCAGCAGAUCCUGGGCCAACAGUAAGCCACCACCACAGCUAGAAGGAGGAGCCCCUCGUGUGAGCAGCCAGUUCCACCAGGAGUUCCCCAGUUUGCAGGCGGCUGGGGAGGCGGAGAAAGGGGAGGGGCAGGAGGAGGAGCCUUAUGGACCUGGACCCAGUCUCAGACCUCAGAAUGUUGGUAGUUGGCGAGAGGGCGGGGGCAGGAAUCUGACCACAGGAGCCAGCCCUUCUGAGAUGGACAGCCGUGGGCCAGAGGAGGGAGGGUCGGCUUUCAGCACCCCCUCACCCCCUGGGGAGGCGGAGGAGGGGGGCAGGGUGCCCCCUAAUGAAAAGGGAGAAGUCAGGGAGAGGCUGCCCCUGUCUGUCCAGCCUGCAUCCCUCUCCUCCCAGCCUCAGCUACAAUCCUCCUCCUCUGUGCCUGCCCAGCCUAAACUCAACGGGGGCCAGCAGGCCUCUGCCGGGGUGCCUCCCCAGUUCCACCCCCAGUUCAGGGGCAUGAUGCCACCCUAUAUGUUCCACGCGUACCCCAGAAUGCCCUUUGCUCCAAUGCCAGGGAACAUAAGAUACCCUGUUCCACAGGAUGGAGCCAGGAGGGUCCGCCCCCAGCAGGGCCCCCCCCAGGGCUGGCUCAAGGAUCCAGACAGACCCUGCAUCAUCAGCGCUACAGAGCUCAAAGAGCUUGACAACCUGGACACUGAAGCUGACGAGGGCUGGGCUGGAGCUCAAAUGGAGGUAGACUACACAGAGAAACUCAACUUCAGUGACGAUGAGGAGAACCAAGCCGCCAAGGAGAAAGGAGAAAACUGGGAGUGGAUCGGUAAAGUGGAGCGGAUGAGGCCGCUGCGCCCCUCAGAGGGCAGCAAAGGCUCAUGGGUAGAUGGAAGGGACCCCAGGGCGCCCUCCCCAGGCAGUAUAGGGCAGUACAAGACCGGCCCACCACAGGACUACCAGGGUCAGCCAGGUGUGCGCUUGGUAGGCAGCAGAGCCCCUCGCGUGGCCAAAUCCCCCACCGCAGCUCCCUCUGGCGAGGAGGAGUCAGAGGCCUGGCGCCAGCAACGCAAGAAGCAGGACUUGUCGGAAGCAGUAGAAAGAGCCAGGCGGAGGAGAGAAGAGGAGGAGAAGAGGAUGGAAGAGCAGAGACUCGCCGCCUGCGCAGAGAAACUCAAGCGCCUUAACGAGAAACUCCGCCCAGCAACAGAGGCCACAUCCGUCCCUGCCGGAGAGACAAGCAAUGAAGAGAUGGGAGCUGUGUGUGAAGACACACCCCCUUUGUCUGUUCCUCCCCCCAUCUCUAGCCCUGCACCUUCUCAGGCUGACCCUCUCCCACAACCCCUGACCAUACCAGCCCCUCUCCAAGACAGAGAGAGGAUGGAAAGAGAGAGGAUGGAGAGCGAGAACAAGAGGAUGGAAAGAGUAGAGCCUAGUGCGGAGGAUAGUCAGUUUGUGCCUCGCCAGCCCAGCCCUCCGGUUCAAAGACCAGAGUCCAUACCCCCAGAGCCUCAGCUCGGAGAAGGCACCCUAGGUGAGGUGGGCCCCCUGAGCGAGGUAAGCCCCCUGGUGGAUGAGAGCCAGACUGAGAGACUGAUUCCCAUGCCUAUCCGAGAGUACUUCAGCACCGAUGAGAGUAGAGUGGAGGGGCGUGUGCCCCUGUCUCUGCCCCGUAUGGACCCCCCCAUUGGAGAGGACACCCCGCUGGCCCCCCCAGACCUGGAGGGAGAGGCAGGGGUUGCCAUACGCCCCUCUCUCACCUCGGGAUACUCCAAACAAUUCCAGAAGUCUCUGCCCCCACGCUUCCUCAGGCAGCAGGAGCAGAUGAAGCAGCAGCAGUGGCAGCAGCAACAGCAGCAGGGUGGUGGUGGAGGAGGAGGUGGUGGUGGUGGGACUGUGUCCCCAUCAGGAGGAGGAAGUGUAGCUGCCCCCCAGCAGCAGCACCGCUCCCUGUACCAGCCCAUCGGCCCCCCUCACCAUCAGCAGCACCUGGCUAACAUGGGCUUUGACCCCCGCUGGCUCAUGAUGCAGUCAUACAUGGACCCCCGCAUAAUGUCUGGAAGACCACCGCUCGACAUGCCAAACAUGCACCCUGGACCUGGGCGGAUGGGUCCUAAGCAGAUAGUUCGUAGGGAAGCAGGGGACAAGUCCAGCUCCAGUUCUGACUCCUUUGACCACCUGACCAGGCCCAUACGGGACCACAGUCUCCCCUCUGAACCACGUACAGUGUGGGGGUCUGACCCGUACGCACAAACUGAUCCCCUAACCUCUGCCACUCCCCCUAAAGGAUGGGAGGACAAGGACACCAGGUUGGACUCUGGGUUGGAGCUGGACCGGGGUUUACCAGUUAUUUACCCCAGCCAGGAUAUCAGUCCUCUUGAACCCCGCAGCAAGAUUGACUUAUUCAGAAAUCACACAGAACCCCUGUCAGCAUUUGGCCCGGGCCCCGAGGAGGCUCCAGGAUCCCUGCAGACAGAGAGAGGGCCUGGUGAGUCCCCCUUUGAGCCAGAGGAGCCUGGCCUGCCCACUGGAGAGGAAGUUGAGGCUCUGGGACAGGCCAUGCUACAGAGGACCAUCUCCCAGGGCUCCAGCCACUCACUCAAACUGGACGAGCCUAGGUUCGACAGCCUACCCCUGGGCACAAAGACACUUGAGCUCCAGGAUGCAGGGGAGAGGCCAGGCCCAGAUGAACUGAAGCCUAGGAAAGAUCCUUUCUCCCAGGCUGCUGUGGCCAACAACAGGCCCACCCCUCCAUCCGACAGCCUCCACAAGCCAGAGAAGCUGCCCUUGUCAGUCCCUAGCAAGCAGAAGGCUGAGUUGCGUUUGGGAGGGAGGUCAGUGGCCGGCCGGAGGGAAGGGCCAGGGGGUGAGAGGCCUGUACGCAGGUCUGGACCCAUUAAGAAACCUGUACUCCGAGACAUGAAGGAAGAGCGAGAGCAGCGGGAGGAGAGAGAGCGACACAGAGAGAGAGGGGAAAGAGGGGAGAGACCCAAGAAGGAGGAGCGAGGAGGAGCAAAAGCUGCCUUCGCGCCUGCUGCUGUGUCUGGGGGCCCCAGGGACAGGCCCCAGGGAGAAAGAGAGAGGGACAGGGAGAGGGAUGGGAAGAGGGAGGCCCCUGAGACUGAGGAAGGGCCUGUGAAUGGCCCCCAGAGAUCCAGAGACACACAAGCCCUAUCAGGAGCACAGGCACCAGCCUCCCAGGACAACAAGACAGACAAACCAAUGACCAAUGAUAAACACCCCGAACCUAAACUAUCCUGUAGGAAGGAGUCCAACCUUCCUCCAAGGGCCUACCGCCGUGAGGAGAGGGAGAGGGAGCGAGAAAGAGAAAGGGAUCGGGAAAGAGAGAUGGAGCGGGACAGAGAGAGAGACUGGCCGGCUGAUGGUUUUCGAGCCAGAGGCAGAGGAGAGUACUACUCGCGAGGACGGAGUUUCCGGGGUACUUACAGUGGUCGAAAUAGAGGUGGCCGGGGUCGUAGUCGAGGGGAGUACCCUUACCGGGAGCCACGCUCGCGCUCAGACCUCCCAACCACCGGUGGCGGCAUUGCCUUCCGCUGCUGCCGUGAAGAGAGCGAGACGCGCAGCGAGAGCUCUGACUUCGAGGUGAUGCCCAAACGCAGGAGGCGCCGUGGCUCCAAUACCGAAUCGGAGAGUGAAGGAGGACGGGAGUCCGCUAGCGACACAGGGGCUUCAGACCGUGAGCCCAGCGCUAAACCACCCCGACCGCUCCGCAGGGAACUACCAGGAGAGCCCCGCUCCGGACCACACAAACCUGGCUUUGGACCCCCUCACCUGGGAGAGAAAGGAGGGCUCAGGGGAGGAGACGAGGAGGGUAGGCCCAAGCCAGGCUUCCUGCCCAAAGGAGAGCCGUCACGGAGGGGGAGAGGGGGCCUGUACAGCAGGCGAGGGGGCACCAGGGAGAGAGGAGGUCCUAGGUCAGCUCCUCUCAGACGACCAGGAACCAGAGAGUUGUCCUCCCAGUGGCCCUCUAAACCCAUGGAGACCUUCCGCCCUGAGGACACAGAACCCUCAUCACGCUACGACAAUCGGGACACCCACUCUGACCGACGGCCUGUACGAGGGGACAGAGACCGUCCUUUCGAGGUGAAGAAGUUUGGGGAGGGGGGACCCCAGAGUAGCAGAGACAGAGAGAGGCCCCGUCGUCCUCGCCCAGCCCGACCCCCCAGACAGGACAAACCCCCCCGCUUCCGGAGGCUGAAGGAAAGAGAGGCUGCUGUCUUAGCUGGAGGAGAGACAGGACCUGGACCCACCUCCACUGCCUCCCUCCCAGCCUUAGUGCGUGCCUCUGGGCCUGGCCCUGUCUCCCUGUCCCCUACCCUCUCCAGAGCUUCAGGGACCCCUGUCACCAUUCCUGUAGAGGGGGGACCCACAGCCGUUGACCUGCACCUGACCUCUGACCCAGCCCUGCCUGAUGCCACCCCUCCCACCACCUCUGCCAUGGGCACCAAGUCACCUGACUUUUCCAACCAGAACUCUUCUGACCAGGCCAACGAGGAGUGGGAGACGGCGUCAGAGAGCAGUGACUUUAACGAACGGAGAGAACGAGAGGAGAGGAGGGGAGCGCUGGAGGCUGCUAACGCAGCUACCCAGCCCUCGGCCCCAGCCCCGCUACCCCCUCAAGGCUCAGCACCCCCCAGUAGGACCCCCACUGAGGGAGGGAUGACGCCCAAACGCGAAGCAGCGGGGCCUGCCUGGGCCAGGAGGAGUUUCUCCAGUCAGCGUCCGGUGGAGAGGCAGAACCGCAGGGGGAACAGCGGACCCAAACCAGGCCGCGGCUACACAGGGGGGAAGGGAGAGAGGAGAGGAGGUGCCAAGGCUGGACGCAGAGGAGCUGCCCCUAACCCAGACUCAGCCCCAGGUGGGGGAGCAGUGCGUCCCGGGGGUAAAGAUCCAUCUGGACGCAGGAAGGACGAGGCCAAACAGACCAAACAGAAACCCAAGGAGAAGGAGAAUGCUUUGUUGCAGUUUGACCUCAACAACUAUGCCAGUGUGGUGAUCAUAGAUGACCAUCCAGAGGUGACUACCUUAGAGGACACCCAGUCUAACACUGCAGACGACGGCUUCACUGAGGUGGUCUCACGUAAACAACAGAAACGACUACAGGACGAGGAGAGGAGGAAGAAAGAAGAACAGACUACACAGCACUAUGGGAAGAAAGGAUCAGGGGAGAAGGGGAGAGGAGGAGGAGGAGGCAAGCUGCCUCCCAGAUUUGCCAAAAAGCAGCAGCAGCAACAAGCAUCGCUACAACAGCAAGCCUCACAGCCACAGCCUCCACCCCCCCCCAAAAAAAACAAGCCACAUCUCUCUGCCCCCCAGUUCCCUCCCCCUUCCCAGCCUGCUGCCUCUCCUCAGACUUUGGAGGGCUCUUUAACCCCCCUACCCUCCGCCCUGACCCCUACCAUCGUGGACUUCAGCUCUAAGACCUCCCUGCCAGCUGUGGCCCUGGCCACGCAGCCCCACAGCACUCUGGGUACGGAACUCUGGGAAAACAAGGUGGCCGGAUCCACCGUCCUGCCCGACGUCAAGAAACUUGGACCUAUCAGCCCUCCUCAGCCUCCUUCAGUCAGUGCCUGGAACAAACCUCUCACCACUUUCACUGGGGCUGUCACUCCUGAGGGAGUCAAACCUGGCUCCGAAGGAAGUGUGGAUCUGGGGAUGGACAGGAUCCAGUUUGGAGCCCCGUCCUCAGCUGGCAGUACAGACAGUGAUGGUGUACCAGCCAUGCUAGAGACUGGACCUGACAACAAACUACCUGCUCCUAAAGAACAGAGACAGAAACAGCCCCGUGCUGGACCUAUCAAAACACAGAAGCUCCCUGACAUGGAGCCUAAGGAGUACAAGCCUGGCCCUAUCGGUAAAGAACGCUCCCUCCGUAACCGCAAGGCUAAGGACAUCCACGGGGGGGAGGGAGAGGGUCUGGAUGGGGGGAUAGUACCAGGAGGAGGGGCCAGCAGAGCAGUGGACUCCAGCCCCACCAACACCGACACCUCUGUUCCUGAGCUGGGGGGUGACAUCGAGGUGAUGAUCACCAUAGCUUCUUCGGAGUAUGGCAGCAGUUCCAAGGAGUCAGUGACUGACUACACCACCCCUUCGUCGUCUCUGGCUGACAGCGUUCCUACUGGAGGGAGUAAGAUGGAGGAGAGCCUGGUAGCCAACGUGCCCCUGCCCCACUCUCUGCCUCUCCCUCGUAGAGAGGCGCUACAGCAGAGCUCCAGCCUCAGUACUGUCUCUCCUGCUAGCGUUGACCUCACACUGAAGAUGGAGUCAGCUCGUAAAGCGUGGGAGAACUCCCCCAGCCUGGUAGAGAAGAGCUCUCCUGUCACCUCCUCUUCUCCCAUCACCUCCUGCACCUCCUCCUCCUACUCCUCCUUCUCCUCUGCCUCCAUGCCUCAGAUACCAGUGGCCUCCGUUACGCCAAGCACCUCUCUGACAGGUGCUGGGACCUACACCACGUCCUCUCUGAGCACUAAGACCACCACGGCCUCUGACCCCCCCAACAUCUGCAAGGUGAAACCCCAGCAGCUGCAGACUGGAUCCAUGAGCGGGACCAGCUUCUCCCAGCUGGGCUGUGUGGCCCCCUUGCUGCCCCAGCAGCAACAGACUCCACAGGUCUACGUCUCCCAGUCUGCAGCAGCCCAGAUUCCAGCGUUCUACAUGGACACCAGUCACCUGUUCAGCAACCCCCGCCUGGCACCUCCCUCUCUGGCACAGCAGCAGGGCUACCAGCCUAGACUCUCACAGCAGGCAGCGGUGCAGCAGAUUCCAAUCCCCAUCUAUGCUCCCCUGCAGGGCCAGCACCAACACACACACCAACACACACACUCUCACCAGGCCCAGCUAGGCCUCAGCACCGGACCUCCCGUCUCACAGCCACAGGACCUCUUCAGCUCCUCACUGCAGCCUUACAGGUCUCAGCAGGCCUUUAUGCAGAGCAGCCUGUCCCAGCCCAGCCCCAUGAUGUUAUCAGGGCCGUCUCUCCACAGCUACCCUGGGGUUGGGGGCCCUGACCUGGGCAAGCCUCAGUCCAGCCUGGCCUACCAGCAGCCCUCCAACACACACAUCCCGAUCAUGUUUGAACCACAGCUCAACCAGCCCUCUGGCAUGGGAGGAUCCCAGCUGAUAGACACACACCUACUGCAGGUAUGGGAAAAGCGUCAGGGGAUGAGUCAGCAUUCUAACCUGUACUCGGGGCAGGUGCAGCAACACGGACAGAGCAGUUACUAUAGUAACACACAGUCUCCUAGCUCUGCCAUGCAGCAGGUGCAAGUCUCUCUGCCGGGCUCCCAGCUAGGUCUUCCUAACUAUGGUUCUGGGGGUGGCCAACCCCUCCUGGCGCUGCCCCCCACCCCUCCCCAGGCUCAGCCCCCCAGCCUCAGCCGCCAGCCCCCCAUCUCCCAGCCCUACAGGGGUCCAUUCGGGCCCGGACCCACACACAGCAUGAUGCAGCCUCCUUCCAGCAAGAUGUGUGAGAUGGACCUGAAGCUGUUUGGCAGUGGGAUGGACAUGAAGCCUGGCACUCCUCCUCACAGCGCUAGGAGCACUACUCCUACAUCUAGUCCUUACAGGGCCAGCUCUACAUCUCCCAGCAGCCAGUCCAGUAAGAUGAACAGCAUGCUGUACCAGAAACAGUUCCAGCCCAGCUCUGCUGCCAUGAGGGUCACACAGCACUUCCCUGGACAGUUCAACCCACAGAUUCUGUCUCAGCCCAACAUGGUCUCUCCUCUGGUGCGCCCUCCCCCCCACACCCAACAUGCUAACUCAUUUGGUGGAGGGAUGCAGCGUUCGCCAAUGGGCCCACCACCCAUGUCUCCCUCUCUGGGAGGAGGGCUGAUGCCUCACCCCCGGCCGCUACCGCAGCAGCAGCAGUUCCCCCAGCACCCCCCCAGAGGGCCUCCUCCCCCCGCACCUCGAGGCCCACCAGGUCCCAGAGGCAACCAGGCAGAGCAGGACCUCAAGGCGAAGCAGCGAGCCGAGGUGCUCCAGUCGACUCAUAAGUUCUUCUCAGAGCAGCAGCUCAAGGCUCCGUCAGUCUCCAAACCCACUCGUCUCGACCAGGGGGGAUGCAAACCCCCCCUCGACAUCCUGCCCCCCAACCACCAGACCGUAGGAGUCGUGGAGCGCCCUGAGCCCGACAAAUCCUCUCUGUCGGUGGGCAAGCCCAUCCGGACCGGCCCUAUCAAGCCCCAGGCCAUCAAACCAGAGGAGGGGAAGUAGAGCCUCAACAUUCUCCACAGAAGGAGAGGUGGAGAAAUAAUCCAGCUGCUCCACUCAUUCACACAAUCACUCGCUCUCACACAUCACCCGUGCUGUUGUUGGAGAGGGGGAGGGAGAGAAAGGGAGGAGAGGUGGGGUGUAUAAGUCUGAAUGAGAGGGCUACUGUGUGUGCUCCAACCUCCCACCUCUCUCUCCCCCCCUCCUUCUCUCCUGUCCUCCACUAUUGGGGGUCUGUGUGUUUUCGGCGGAAGACAGUGCGUAAACUGUACUUCAAAUGUCUACCGUGAUGGUAGAAAAAGAGGGAGCGAAAAAAAAAAAGAUAUGAGAUUCGCUGCUGAUUUUGCCAUUUUUAUAGCUCUAUGAUUUUGGUUCCUUUCCUUUUCUCAGUUGAAUCACAUGAAGACAGGGCUCUCCUUUUUGUUAACAAAAGAAUGUAUCAAUCUUUUGUUUUUGUAGUUGAACAAUCUUAUUUAAAGCGAUGUCUUUUAGUGAAGCACAGACACGUUCUAUUCACCUGUCUGUCCUCCUCCCAUCAUUACUAACACAGCUAUGUGAGUGUGUACAAUCUCUGCAUGAUCACCACACACCUUCCCCUUAGUGCUCAAAGGUUUCACCAAUAUUACUUCAAGAGAAACUAUGAAGUAAUUCCGUUUUUUUGUUUGUUUUCCUAGAGAGGAAAUGUAAGAUGCAGCAGUUGAUUGCUUGAUCGAUUGAGUUAUUGAUAAGUCUGCCUUCCCUCCUGCUUUCUGCUCUCAUUUCUUUGCCUGACAUGGUGGUGUAUGGGGGUGUGUGUGUGUGUUUUUGUGUUUUGCGUGUUGCACACAUGGGCAGGCUAUUGCCCGGUUCUCUGUAUCUUUAGCCAAAGGUUGAGCAGCGCAAAGAUGUCACAGAGCCUUUGGAAAUUCCUGUUGCUAUGGCAGCAGAGUGGAAGGGGAGUUAUUAUGGGUUGUCGGUAAACCCUGAAUCCAGUCUAGGGAUACGUCUCACACACUCCCCUCUUCCAUUUCCCUCCCUGCCUCCCUCAAGAGUAAGGAUAGUAGAAUACACCUAUAAUACACUCCUCUACCACCGUUCACACACCCAUCCUCAGUGUCUCUCAUACACACACUUUACUGUCGGGCACCCUACCCUGCUGCUACUGACAGAAAGAGAGAGUGAGUACUGGUGCCCUUAGCCAGGACACACAGCAGGAGAGGGCUAGAGAGUGGGGGUUUCAUUUUAAAAACUGUAGAAACAGAAAAUCAUUCAGUGUAACCCUCACCAAGAGGAAACAAGACUGACUGAGACGGGGAGGAAGAGAACAGCAUGAGAAAACAGCCUCCAGAGUUGAACUGUAGUCUAUGGUUCAGCUGUGUUCCGGGCAGAAGGACAGGUGUUCGUGUUGAGAGGAGAGCUCGCCCCUGUCUUCUCCUGUCUCUCCAACUCACUCAGUCUCACUCAAGCCUACACCGCUCACUCAUCUCGGGUUUACCAUGGUGAGAAGGGUCCUUCAGAAAUGUACAGUAGUAUGCUCCCCUAGUGGGUAGGGGGCUAUGGAGCCAGUUGCCCCACCCCACUCUAACCAGAACAUGGAAUGAGAAUUGUGUAGGAGGGAGUGGUGGAGGGUGUGAUCAUGAUGAUAAUUAGUUUAGUUUUACUUGUACAGGGGGUACAUCGCUGUAUUAAAAUAUGUACGGUCUUAUUUACAUUCUUGGUUUGGUUAAAGAAACUAAUAAAAUUAUAUGCUGUUAAAAAGUGAA